ACAGGAGACCCUGGGGCUGGAGGAGGAGGGACCCUGAGACCCCCCACCUUCACACCCCGCAGGCCACGCCCUAGUCCACACAAAGUUUUCUGACUCCUGAUCUUGCAGGGAACUUCAAGGACCUGGGGAAGGUGCUAGAACAGGCUUGUGAGGCUCCGGAAAAGAUGGAACAGCAGCAAAAUGAAGGAACUGGGUCAGAGAGGAACAACUUGCCUCUUCCAUCGGCCGGGCCCCCUGCGCCCUUCCCAGUCCUGCCACCUUCUCUCCUGGGCACCCCAGACCCGGCCCAUCUGGGGCUCCCUGAAGGCCUGGCCUCUGUCACCGUCCCCAUCCGUCUGGAUGCACUGUCCUACCUCCUGCACAGCGCCCUGAUGGGUGCCUACACCCUGCAGCGUUCCAUGCCCUCCUGCCAAUGCUCAUCCCAGACCUGCUGCUCCCAGCCGGCCCACUCUGACAGCCCACCCAGGGGACGUGGGCGGUGGGAGCCCAGGCGCAGGCCGGGCAGGGGCAGGGGCCUUGGCCAGCAGUGGUGGGGGCCUGGGCGGGCUGAGCAGCCAGAGAGGGGUUGGGUGGGGGGCUCCUGGGCUGGCCCCAGCACCCCACCCAUGACUCCCACACAGCAGGGCAGGAAGGAAGCCGGAGGUUCAGAGCCACCUCAGGAUGUGCCCCCAGCUGCCACCGCCACCACCACCACCACCGAGGACUGGGAGACAGAGUAUUAGCACCCAGCACCCUGACUCCUGGGAAGGUUCCGUUGGAGCCACCAGGAGGGUUUCCUUGGUGCCCAGGACAACCUCAACCCCGUCAGAGACACCUGAGUCCCAUCCCUGUUCUUCCCAAACCCUGGCAUGGGGGUCAUGCCUUCAGAUUCCAAGCCCCCCUUCUCCCUAUCCAGUCUGUGUCUCUCUCCCAUCCUGAACCCCAGCAAGAACCCCAACUGCUUCUCAGCUCUCCAGAAGUACCCCAACCCCAUUUUGGACCCAGAGCCCUUCCCACAGCCUCAGCAACCUGCAUGGAUCCUGCUGUCACAGCCCCAACCGUGUUCUUUUCGCCCCUCUCCUCCCCACCCGCCUGGUUACCCAGCAGCCUCAGCAAACCCAGCCCCUGCCCCUAAAUGCACCUGAAGCAGCCCCACAGCAGCCCAUCCUCUGCCUCUCCCAGUCUCAGGUGCAGCUGUGACACCCCCUC